UCUUUUCUACAACCAUUAGCAAAUACAGCAUACGCCAAGGUAAAUGCGUGAUAAAUCCUACAUGAUAAUCGACGUAUUUUAUGAGUAAAAUGAUGCAAAGUAAAGAAAUACAGUGCAAGGUAGUAAGUGCUCGUGCCGCUGUGCUAUUUUCAAACGCGCAGUCACUUCGGCUCACGAGGGCGCGCGUGCGGUGUUUUGGCCUCGCGCCGCCGCCGUUUGUUUGGGUUCGAUGGUGAAGAUGGCGGACGAGCUCGACAGAGUGCGGAUCUCAGCCGCGGAGCUUCGAGCCACGGUGACCAGCCUGACUGACAACGGGCAGAACCACGGAGCGGGAGAGUCCACGGAUGCAUCUGAGGGGAACCCCAGUCAGCGGUCCUUUGAGGGCAAGAGACCUGAUAUCCAGCUGUACCGGCCACGCAUGGGCCAGGCUAGGCGCUGCCAAGAUACCCCCACGUGCAGCGCUGACAAGGAGAGAGAUGUUCAGGAGGACAGGCCCUCAGAACAUCAAGGCUGUCCUGGGAAGGAGGCGGAGGCAGAACAGGAUGUCUCAUCAGUUCAGCACGUGGAAAUGGAAACAGAGUCUGCACUAGAGGGAGAUCAAAAUGUAGCUACGCUAAAGAUCCCAGACAGUGCAUUAAGUGAUGGAGAUUGUGGGAGUCUAAGUGAUGGUAUUUCUCAUGUCGCUGUCUCUAGUAGCCUUCCUGCUGGCUCUAAGCAUUACCCUGAAAGCAAAUGCAGAAAUGACAGUGAGUUUGUGUCAUCGAAAAGUAUUAAUCACUGUGUGGAUCCUGGCUGUCAACUGGACACCUCCUAUUGUGCCAGUCCUGCUGGCACUGACACUAGCAGCCUCUCUGGGGAACCACCAAAACAACCCCAGGUGACAAAUUCAAGGGUUUUGGCUUCCACUUUGUACUGUGGUUCCACUUCACCGAAACCAGCGCGGCGAAUUCGCAAACCUGACCGUGAGAUAUACCAGCCUCGGGCGGGAAGGUUGCAGCAGCAGCAAGGCACUAAAGAAAUGGCUUUGAGCAAAGAGCCAGAGAAAACUGAAACAGGAGAGGAACCUAAGAAGAGCUCUCACCCCGAGGGGCACAGCCGUGAAGGUGUGAAGGACUCAGCCUUGAUCAAAGAGCCAGAGAGAUCUGGACCUGGUGAGGAAGAACCCAAGAAGAAGAGUAAAAGCAGGAGAGAAGUUGGCUGCACACCUACAGAUGUCAGUAUCGCGGUGGACCAUCUGACCGGCAGUUUGGAAAGCAUGAAGGUGUCAGAGACAGGAGGUAAUGAGGCCAAGAAGGCAGGGAAGAGAGGGGGAGAGGAGGACAACGUGGGGAGCAGUAGGCGGAAGACGGGUGAGGGGAGGCGAAGCCGAGCCGGAGGGGGGGGAGGUGAAGGAGGCAAUGGAGGCUGUUUAGGAGAAGCUGGCAGAAAGGGGGUUGAGAAAAAAGAGAAGGGAAGUCGGAGGAGUAAAGGGAGGGACCGAGAGGGAGAUAAAGAUCUGAAAAAGAGGGGGAAGGAAGUGGAGGGCAGAAAGGAAAUGGAACCUGAUGACGGAAAGGGAAAAGGCAGAGAGGGAGAUGUGAUUGGAGACAGUGGAAGGGUGAAAAGCAGAGCAAAAGAUGGGGGGAAGGAUGGCGACAGAGAGCGGCUAAAAGACGCAGAGAGAGAGCGAGGCCAAGAUGGGAGUGGGAGGAUCCCGCUUGGGGGAGGCAGUAGGGCUGGUCAAGUUUCCAAGCGUUAUUCCAAGUCGGGCAAACGUUGCCCCAGGAACAGAACCUGUAGCACCAGUUCAGCCAGCAGUGGAACCAGUAUGGAUGGGCCAGGCAAGGAGGCCAGACGAAGAGGUCAUCUGGCAAUGUCACGAGAUCAGGGCGAGGUCAAGGGCAGAGAGAGGCUGGACUGGAGUGGCAAGCAGCAGCAGCAGCGGGAUAACAUCAGCAGAGGUUUUUCCUCUACGGAUUCCCUGGACGAGACUGAGACUGGGCAUAAUGUCAGGGGGAGGAGGCUAAGAGACAGUGACAGGCACAGGGAGGACCCCUGGAGUCCUGAUAGGAGGCUUGGUGUGAACAGAAGAGGUAGCAGAGGAGGUGCUGGAGGACAGAGUGAAGGUGUUCAGAGGUCACUUCUUGUCCCACCGCCUGAUCCUCCCCAGUCCAUCGCAACAGCUGGUGACGACCUGUCCAGGAGACAGGAGGGAGGGAGCAGAGGGAGGGGGAGGGGUAUUCUUGUCCUCCCUACUCGUACUGACCUUACCAUGCCCCCAGAGUCUAGCCCCAGGCAGCUGACUGGAGUAGGGAGAGGGUCAGCAGGUCCUGGGCGUGGAAGAGGAGGCCGGGGUGGAGCCACCAGGAGACUGUGGGAUCCAAAUAACCCCGAUCAGAAACCAGCUCUGGUGCACAGUCAUCAGUCUCAGCAUGUGGGCCUAAAGCAGUCGCUGCACCUACAACAGCAAGGUCAAGGCAGCUUUGGUCAGCUGCACUUUCUGGACACAGAUGAUGAAAUUGCAGGAAGUCCCCCUGUUCACCAAGGGGAGCUCUAUCAUGGCUAUCAUACUUCCCAGCAAAAUGCAACAAUGGCCUACUACAAGUUCCAAAAUUCAGAUAACCCAUACUUCUACCAAUCUCCCAGCACCACCACGCGUUACCCUUAUCCUUACGGUGUGACCUACCAAAUGCCUGGAGCAAACGGCAUGUACCCCUCACCCACCAGUUCCUUCUAUACGGGGUACCCACCUACUGUACCUGCACUGACCCCAGAGGAGGCGGAGGUGCAGACCAGGGGGGAGCUGGGGAAGCUGCUUCGAGUGGCUGACAACCAGGAGUUGCAGCUCAGCAACCUGCUUUCUCGGGACAAACUUAGCCCAGAGGGUCUGGAGAGGACGGCUCAGCUGAGGGCGGAGCUCCUGACGUUGUAUGAGCGGGUGAUCUUGACGGACAUUGAGUUCUCGGACUCGCAGAACCUGGACCAGGCUCUGUGGAAAAAUGUCUUCUACCAGGUCAUCGAGCGCUUUCGGCAGCUCCUGAAGGACUCUACCACGGACGACGAGUCCCGCAUUAAGAAAAUGCUUCUCACACUUCUGGAUGAGGGAGUGGUGUUCUUCGAUGCCCUGCUGCAGAAGCUGCAGGUGGUGUUCCAGUUCAAGCUGGAAGAUUACAUGGAUGGUGUGGCUAUCCGUGCCCGGCCUCUCCGCAAGACUGUCAAGUACGCUCUGAUCAGUGCCCAGCGAUGCAUGAUCUGCCAGGGUGACAUCGCCAGGUAUCGAGAGCAAGCUAGCGACACUGCUAACUAUGGGAAAGCGCGCAGUUGGUACCUGAAGGCCCAGCAUAUUGCACCAAAGAACGGACGCCCAUAUAACCAGCUGGCUCUGCUGGCUGUGUACACGAAAAGGAAGCUGGAUGCAGUAUACUACUACAUGCGCAGCCUGGCUGCUAGCAACCCCAUCCUGACAGCCAAGGAGAGCCUCAUGAGCCUGUUUGAGGAGACAAAGCGAAAGGCUGAGCAGCUGGAGCGGCGGCAUCGCCUGGAGCCAGUGGGGCCAUCAAGGGGCCCCCGGGGGGGCGGCCGGCGUGGACAGGAGCCCGCACGCAUCGAGAUAUGGGUGCGGCCUGGAGGGCAACCGGCAGCCACGUCCCGCACAGCAAGCGAGUCUGGCCACGAGGCAGAGCGUGACGGCGAGCUCGAGGGCCUGAGCACCAGCGACCUGAACAAGAGAUUUGUUCUGAGCUUCCUUCAUACUCACGGGAAGCUGUUCACCAGAGUGGGCCUGGAGACGUUCCCCAUGGUGGCCAGCCGCGUCCUGCAGGAAUUCCGUGCUCUACUCCAGCACAGCCCCAGCCCGCUGGGCAGCUCCCGCAUGCUGCAGAUCGUCACCAUCAACAUGUUCGCCGUGCACAAUGCCCAGAGCAAGGAGGGUCAGGAUGAGGUCCGCUCGCCUCUACAGGAGCAGAGUACAGCCUUGGGACUCGCCAUGUUCGCACUGCUGGUUCAGCGCUGCACAGAGCUGCUAAGGGACUCACCCACAAGUCCUCGCUCUCUAGACAACGAGGAGGCCGACCUGGCAGUGGAGGGAGGUGGCAUGCCGCGGGUCUCUAACUUCCCCCCCGACCUGCGGGAGCUGCUGCCCAGUGUAAAGGUGUGGUCCGACUGGAUGCUGGGCCACCCCAAGCAAUGGAACUCUCCGCCCAGCAACCUGCCCCCACCCUGCAGCAGCCCGGACGUGUGGCAGUGCUUGGCAGACCUGUGCAAUGAGCUGGCACGGGUCCACCUGGGGGAGGUGCCACUCUACAAGGCGGAUGGCGAUGGUGAUGCAGACGAGGAGCUACAGCUGCUGGUGCUGGACGAGGACCGUGCGCUGGCGGGGUUUGUGCCCCUGCUGGGGGCACCGCAGGAACCCUGUUACACGGAGAGGGGCACUGACCUGGGGAUUGCUGCAGACUGUAAACGGGUGACAGUCCUGAAGUACUUCCUGGAGGCUCUGUGUGGGCAGGAGGAGCCGCUUCUAGCCUUCAAGGGUGGAAAGUAUGUGUCUGUGGCGACGCUCCCGCCCCCCAGCCUGGGAACGGAAGCUGGGAACCGCCAGGGAAAACAGGCAGACAAUCAGUUGACGUCACACGCCAGGUCGCGACCUUUGACCCCACCCGAACUCACGAUCGAGGAUCAGGACGUGAUCGUGGAAGCAGAGUCCUCGCAGUCACAGUCGGAGGGCGAGGUUGACGGGGACGGCAGCGAGGAUGACAUUCGGGAGCUGAGGGCACGGAGGCAUGCCCUGGCACACAAGCUGGCUCUGCAGCAGAAACGGCAGGACAAAAUCCAGGCUGUACUGCAGACUUGCCGGCAGCUGGAGCUGGAGAUUCGGCCGCUCUUCUUGGUUCCCGACACCAAUGGCUUCAUUGACCACCUGGCUGGCCUGCAAAGUCUGCUGGACUGCGGCCUCUACAUCCUGGUGGUGCCACUCAUCGUGAUCACGGAGCUGGAUGGCCUGGCGCGGGGCCAGGAGCACCGGGGUGGUGGUAGGGCUGUGCCCGGGGAGCAUGCCCGCGCGCUGCAGGAAAGGGCCAAAGCCGCGGUCAGCUUCUUGGAGCGGGGGUUUGAGGCGAGGGAGCCUUGCCUGAGGGCGAUGACCAGCCGCGGAAACCAGCUGGAGUCCAUCGCCUUCCGUAGCGAAGAUACCUCAGGCCAGCAGGGAAACAACGAUGACCUUAUCCUGUCCUGCUGCCUUCACUACUGCAAAGACAAGGCCAAGGACUUCAUGCCCACGCAGCGAGAUGAGCCUGUCCGUCUCCACCGGGAGGUGGUUCUGCUGACAGAUGACCGCAACCUGCGAGUUAAGGCCCUGACCCGCAACGUGCCGGUGCGAGACAUCCCUGCCUUCCUCAGGUGGGCCAAAGUGGGCUGAAGCGGACCGGUGGCAGGGGGAGCCAAUGACGGUGCAGCCACGUGCCAGGGAGCCGUGUCGGGGAUGGAGGACAACAAAUGGCCUCUGAGGAGGGGGGACGUCCACCUCAGCGGGGCGCCGAGGGAAGAGCCCCCGCCCGUCCUUUUUAAAGAUGACUAAAGCUUUUCUCUUUUGUUUUUUUUUUGUUUCUCCUUUCUGCCCCUCUGAGAGGAGCCUCUGCCUGCUUCUCGCCACAGUGAGGGUGAGCGUGCCUCACAUGGGCACGUGUGCAGGGUUUCAGGGAGAGCGACCAACUCAAGGGGGGGGGGGGUUGGUGGGCAGAGGAGGCGAAGCCCUUGCAGGAGCUGCCAGGCGCCUGGUGGGUUUCCGCACAGCAGGACUGGUUCAGGAGUCAGGGAGACGAUGGUAUGGGUCUGGCUCUGAGAAAGACCGCUCCCCACAUUGGUCACCAGGGUGACGGACAAAGGCGGGGAGAGGAGAGGGACAAAGCAGGUCCCAGUCUCCUAGAUACAGAUUUCCAUUUUGGCAGCUUUCAACAGCUUUGUUUUCAGUUCUGCAUUGGCUCUGUGGUUUGACAGCUUUUCAUUUUUAUUUUCACCAUGUAUAUAUAGUAUAACUUUAAUCUUGAGUGACGUUGUGCUUUUAGGCCUGUGAUGCGCAGUGAUGAUGAGUCUGUGUGAUUUAUGUGGAGCUGAUGAUGAACAUAGGCAGUGCCGCCCACAGAAGCUGUAUGCUGGGCUCCGUAUUGGCACACUGGAGUCACACUUCAGUUUGACAGGUUUCACACGCAGUGGCUGGAAGCUGGAGACAUGCAGCCACACCCAUGCGGAACUGCAUGCAUGUCGAAAAUGUGCGCUAGAGCGAGAAUCGCAUGCAUGGAAAAUGCUCGGGUGCGAAUCUGUGUGCUGUGGCUACGUGUUUGUGGGCCAGCUAUUGAGAUAUCAAACUCACAUGUAUGUGAUGGAAAAGCGACUGAAUACCUUCGUUCACACAGGAAGCUUACAUAGAUACAUAAGUGAGUGUGUGUGUCUGCCUGUCUGUGAGCGUGCUACAGAGCAAAGACUCUGUGUGUCUGUGCCCUGGAAUGGCGCAGUGCCAGUACCCAGCUGGUGCCCUCUGACAUUACCAUGUAAGCCUCAGCAUUGGACACUGGAUACCUUUGGCAUUUCUUGCGAGAGUUGCGGGCCAGCAUCUGCGGCUCUCGUUAGGCCUGGGCCUCAGAGGGGACUCUCACACGCCCAGUGUCUGCCUGUCGUCUUCCUUCCUGUCAGCCCCGGUGUGAGAAACGGCACAAGUGACAGUCCCACCACUCAGCAGGUGUCAUGCAUCAAGCCAGACCCCCUGUGUCUCACCUUGGACCCUCACAGUCGAUGUGGUCAGCAUGGGAGCCACCUGUGCUCAGCCUGUGUGGCCUGUGACAUAGCAUGACGAGCAUUCUGUUGCUGUGCUCUAUGGGGUGACGCCCUAGAGCUGUGUCUGUCACUGUGUACUUUCACCCUUUUACAGAAUGCUUUGAAAGAGUAGUUUUAUUUUUAAUUUGGGUUUUAUUGCUCUUACUAAAACUUUUUAAAUACUUUCUUGUCGCUGUUUUUUUUUUUUUAUGAGCUGUUGCUGUAGCUUUGGUUUUUCAUUUCCACUCAUUACUUUUGUUCUGUGUCUUACCGGUACCAGUGUGAUGUUGUGUAUUCAUUAGCAGAUUGCAGCCCACAAUGAUUGUCACGUACCGCACAUCAAAGCUGCAUGUGUAAUUUAGCGUGUUAGUCCCGUCAUAGUAUGCGACCUCCCACGUGACAUUGUGUCGUCUCGCCUCCAGACGCGAUCCGCACACCUUCUGGGGAUUAAAUGUCUGACGUGAAGCUUGAUGACAGGCCCAGGGGUGAUUGCCCAUGUAGAGAGACAGUGACACACUGUCUUGCCAGUGCAGAGAUAGCAACGCGGCAUCCCACCUGCGCAGAGACAGCAAAACACUGUCCCACCUGCACAGGGACAGCACUGUAGUGUCCUGCCUGCACAGGAACAGUGACACACACACUGUCCCACCUGCGCAAGGGACAGCGACACACUGUCCCAUCUGCACAGGGACAGCAACACGGGGUCCUGCAAGUGCAAUCAAAGUUCCUGUCGCAUGAAGCUGGAGGUCUGUGUUUUAACCUUCUGUAAAUUUUCUGUAAUUCAUUACGCUGUAUUAGUCAUUGUGCUUAAGUUUGUGCACGUGUGGGGGAUGCAGAUGCUGUACGGUGAUGGGAAAAUGUCACCAUGUGACAGGUUUUGAUAAGGCGCACACUGCAUGUUCGCUCUUUACCCUUAAUAAAUGACUGCUUUAAAGACGAA